AUGAAGAUAACCUUUGUGAUUGAGGAAUGGAGUCGGUCAACCAAAGGUGGUCGUUCCACCUUAAUGAGACAGAUGGCCAUAGAACUCUCUAGACUAGAAAAUGUUGAAAUUGGUAUUUUGAUUCCACGUGCCAGUCCAGAGGAUAGAGAAGAUGCCCAAAAAUAUAAAAUCAAGGUUUUUGAACCUGAAACAUAUACAGCCUAUAAGCCAGUUGAUUGUCUGCAGUAUCCCCCGAAAGGAUUUAGUACUGACGUUAUCAUUAGUUAUGGCAUUAAGCCUGGACGUCAUGGACAGGUCCUUAAGAAUAACCUUGGCUGUAAAUGGGUGCAUGUGGUCCUGAGAAAUGCAGAAGAAACAGUAUUUUUCCAGAAAAACCGAGGUGCCAUUUCCGAAGGUCAGAAACAGUACAAACUUGAGGUAGAAUUGUGUAAGAAAGCUGACAUGGUUUUAACAGUUGGCUCUCAGCUUGAAGAAUCCUUUAAUUCUGCUCUGCGUCAUUGUAAGGAAGAUCAUAUAUUCAAUCUUAUACCUGGCAUUUUUGAUGAGUCUUUUGUUGAACAGAAGCAAUACCGAAAUUCAAAGACCUUUGAAAUCUUAGUGUUUGGCAGAGGGAACGCCGAAGACUUUGAACAUGAAGGUCUUCAUGUUGCUGCUGAAGCUGUGGCACAGCUUAAUAAGUAUGAGCCAUGUUAUUUUCUAAAAGUUGUUGGUGCCCCUGAGGGAGAGCAAGAGAAACUGGCUGAGAGGUUGCAAGGCCUUGGGAUCUCUUGUAAUCAUCUAACUGUGAAAAGUUCUGGCGAAGAAAGAACAAAACUGGCUCGGCAAUUUUCGAAAGUGGAUCUUGUUUUGAUGCCUUCAGGUACAGGGGCGUUUGGUCUCACAGCUUUGGAGGCAUUGUCAGCAGGUGUACCAAUCCUUAUUACCCAGAAUUCUGGCUUGGCAAAGGCUCUAGAGAAAGUACCUUUAGGGCAUGGCUGUAUAGUACAUGUAGGUCAAGCAGAAGGUCAGGCAGCUGAAUGGGCUGAACAUAUCAAGCGAGUAAAAAAAAAUCUAGAGACUAGAUUAGAAGGGGCAAGGAUGCUACGCAACAUUUAUAGCGAGAAAUACUCUUGGAUGGAUCAAUGUGCUGCUUUUGUGAAGAAGCUCAGAGCCUUGCAUUCAGGUUAAAAUAUUAAUUUUAUAUGCAUUUACCGGAAGUACAAGAAUUCAACAAGUAUCUAGUAGCUAAUUGGCACAAAUCUGUUUAUCAUUUUGAAAUAGACAUCAUGACUUGAAUUAAUACAAGAGAGAAAUAAAAAAAAGAUGGAUAUUAGGGGAUGUUUUUUUAUCUGUGCAAUUUGUUGCUGAUUUCAGUAUGAUAUAUAUGUUUCAGUGCAAAUAUGUUUCGAUUUUCAUGUACUCAAAGAAACCAAUCUUUCAAAUGGCCUCUGAAAUAACACCAGAUAACAAGCUUGCCACAAAAAUCAAGGCAACAAAUUAUAGUUACUUACAAGGCCAGGCUUAACACUAAUACAGGUUUCAGCUCUUUAGUUCCAUUGUACUGAUAUGAGUUAAAGUACAGCUGCACCAACGUAUUUUAUUCAUGUGAGGCUUAGAUGAUUAGCUGUCUUUGUGUAAUUUGUGCUAUUUAUUUAUUGGCAUCUAACAGGACGUGCUGAGGGAAUGCAACAGGAGUCCCGAGGCAAAAGGCACUCAGCUCGAAAGCGAGUGGCAGGUAUUAUUGCUCAAUGGUAUAUUUUUAAAACAUACCCUAGCGUAAUUAGCACUCUACAUCCUUUGCAAAUAGAGCAGGUACAUAACACUGAAUUACACCAGAUAACAAGCUUGCCACAAAAAUUUGCAACAAAUUACAGUUCCUAACAAGGCUUAACAUUAUUACAGGUUUCACCUCCUUAGUUCCAUUGUAAUGAUAUGAGUUGAUGUACAGCUGCACCAACAUAUUUUACUCAAGUGGGGCUUAGAUGCAUGACAGUCACACUGAUACUUUGAUUAUAGUUGUCUUUGUGUAAUUUGUGCUAUUCCUUUAUUGACAUCUAACAGGACAUGCUGUGGAAAUGCAACAGGAGUCCCAGGGCAAAAGAAGUUCACCUCGAAAGCGAGUGGCUGGUAUUAUAACUCACUUAUCUACUUUUUAACCAUGCCUUAGUCUUAUCAAUGCUCUGCAUCCUUUUCGUAUAGAGCUGAUACAAACAUUGAAAUUACACCAGAUGACAAGCUUGCCACAAAAAUGUGCCAAAAAUUACAGUUAUUUACCAGGCUUAACACUAUAACAGGUUUCACCUCCUUAGUUCCAUGCAUUGUAAUGCUGUGUGUUAAAGUACAGCUGCACCAACAUAUUUUACUCAUGUGGGGCUUAGAAAAACGACAGUCACACCAAGACUUUGGUUAGUUGUCUUUGUGUAAUUUGUGCUUUUCAUUAUUCGCAUCUGACAGGACAUGCUGUGGAAAUGCAACAGGAGUCCCAAGGCAAAAGAAGGUCAUCUCGAAAGCGAGUGACUGGUAUUAUUACUCACUUAUCUACUUUCUAAACGUGCCCUAGUGUUAUCAACACUCUGCAUCCUAUUUGUAUUGAGAUGUUAUGAAACAUUGAAAUUACAACAGAUAACAAGCUUGCCACAAAAAUGCAACAAAUUAUGGUUAAUUAAAAGGCAAAAAACUCUUACAGGUUUCACCUUAGUUCCGUGCAUUGUAAUGCUAUGAGUUGAAGUACAGCUGCACCAACAUAUUUUACUCAUGUGGGGCUUAGAUAAAUGACAGUCACACUGAUGCUUUGAUUAGUUGUCUCUGUGUAAUUUGUGCUAUUUUUUUAUUGACAUCUAACAGGACAUGCUGUGGAAAUGCAACAGAAGUCCCAAGGCAAAAGAAGUUCACCUCGAAAGCGAGUGGCUGGUAUUAUUACUCAAUUGCUUACUUUUUAACCAUGCCUUAGCAUUAUCAACACUCUGCAUUCUUUUAAUAUAGAUUAGGUACAAAACAUUAAAAUUACACCAGGUAACAAGCUUUCCAAAAACAGGUGCAACAAACUAAAGUUUCUCACAAGGCUUAACACUAUUACAGGUUUCACCUCCCUAGUUCCAUUGUAAUACUGUGAGUUGAUGUACAGCUGCACCAACGUAUUUUACUCAAGUGGGGCUUAGAUGAAUGACAGUCACACUUAUACUUUGAUUAUAGUUGUCUUUGCGUAAUUUGUGCUAUUCAUUUAUGAACAUCUAAUAGGAGAUGCUGAGGAAAUGCAACAGGAGUUCCAAAACAAAAGAGGUUCACUUCGAAAGCAAGUGGCUGGUAUUAUUACUCACUUGCCUACUUUUUAACCAUGCCUUAGUGUUAUCAAUGCUUUGCAUCCUUUUUGUAUAAAGCUGGUACAGAACAUUGAAUUACGCCAGAUAACAAACUUGCCCCAAAAAUAUGCAACAAAUUACAGUUAUUUACAAGGCUUAUAUCCACUAUUACAGGUUUCACCUCCUUAGUUUCGUGCAUUGAAAUGCUAUGUGUUAAAGUACAGCUGCACUAACAUUUUAAUUUUUACUCAUGUGGGGCUUAGAUAAAUCACAGUCAUACUGAUACUUUGAUCAGUUGUCUUUGUGUAAUUUGUGCAAUCCCUCUAUGAUAUUUAACAGGACAUGCUGAGGAAAUGCAACAGGAGUCCCAAGGCAAAAGAAGUUCACCUCGAAAGAAAGUUGCUGGUAUUAUUACUCACUUGUCUACUUUUUAAACAUGCGUUAGAGUUAUUAACACUCUGCAUUCUUUUUGUAAAGAGCAGUUACAGAACAUUGGAAUUACACCAGAUGACAGGCUUGCCACAAAAAUAUGCAACAAAUUACAGUUACUUGCAAGGCUUAAUAAGCAGUAUUACAGGUUUCACCUCCUUAGUUCCAUGCAUUGUAAUGCUAUGUGUUAAAGUACAGCUGCAACAACAUAUUUUACUCAAGUGGGGCUUAGAUGAAUGACAGUCACACUGAUAUUUUGAUUAGUCGUCUUGGUGUAAUUUGUGCUAUUCAUUUAUCGACAUCAAACAGGACACACUGAGGAAAUGCAACAGGAGUCCCAAGGCAAAAGAAGUUCUCCUCGAAAGCGAUUGGCUGGUAUUAUUACUCACUUGUCUUUGUUUCAACCAUGCCUUGGUGUUAUGAACCCUCUUCAUCCUUGUUGUAGAGAGCUGGUAAAAAACAUUGAAUAACGCCAGAUCACAAGCUUGCCACAACAAUAUGCAACAAAUUACAGUUAUUUACAAGGCUUAUCACUUUUUUAAGUUACUUGCAAGGCUUAACACUAUUAAAGGUUUCACCUCUUCAGUUCCAUGCAUUGUAAUGCUGCAAAUUGAAGUACAGCUGCACCAACAUAUUUUAUUCAUGUGGGGCUUAGAUGAAUGACAGUCACACUGAUUCUUUGAUCAGUUGUCUUUGUGUAAUUUGUGCUAUUCAUUUCUCGACAUCAAACAGGACAUGCUGAGGAAAUGCAACAGGAGUCCCAGAGCAAAAGAAGUUCACCUCCAAAGCAAGUAGCUGGUAUUACUCAUUUGUCUUCUUUUUAAAAAUGCCCUAGUGUUAUUAACACUCUGCAUCCUUUUAUAUGGAGCAGGUAAAAAACAUUGUAAUGAACCGGUGUCCUUCCCACUUGGCCACCUGCCUCUACAAAGUCUGAUGGGAAAUCUCUGGCAAAAAAAUGCCUUUGCUCUCUUUCCCGUUCCCCCCUCUAAGAAAUAUUACUUGCAAUGAAUGACUUUAAAAUUUUUACUGAGUCACAGUAAGUAACAAGUGAGCUGGUAAUCUUAAAAUAAUUAACUCCCUUUUUGUUUUUAUAUUCCAGAGGGAGUAGUAACUGAUGAUGACCUUCAAACACUUGGCAAAGCUAUUGGUGGCAAGUGGGAUCAACUGGCACGUCGACUACCUGGAAUUAAGGAAGAGGACAUAGAAGGAAUUGAAGUCAGAUAUGAUACUUUGCCUCAAAGGGGAUUUCAUAUGCUGAGACUGUGGAAAACAAACAAUGGGGAAGCUGCAGACUAUAAGACUUUGUAUGAUGCGUUAGUCCACAAUGUGGUACAGCGGAAAGACCUUGCAGAAAAGUAUUGUUUUAAGUAA